CUAUUAUUUCAUACUUCUGCCUUGACAUCCACCUCGAGAAACGAGGUAUAAAUUAUGCUGCAUCUCGGCAAGGCAAAUGAUGGGCUAUGCAUGGAUGUGCUCAUUGUCAUCCUGCUUGGAGUGUCAAUGAAGAUGAAUUUGACUUUUCUUGUCUACUUUUCAGCUUGGGGAGUAUGGUCUGGUCGCACAUUAGCAGCAUUCGAGGAUAGAGCAGACUGGAAUAACGAGGACGGUAGUCCGGGAAUAAUUGAAGGUGUCUGAAGGUAUAGUUCGACUUAUUGUGGUGAAGGAUGGUGCAUCAAGGAAGAAGAUCAAUACGUUGGCUGAUAUCAUGACUUUGCAAUGAUAGUAAUGAUUUCUCUCGAUUAAGUCUUCAAUGUCCUCGAGGUCUUUCGGUCAAAUGGAUCAACUAUCCUUCCCUCCAUCAACCUCCGUGUGUUGAUUAGCUCCCGAGACAGGAAUACUCCCGUUAUCCCUUCCCCAGCUGUAACAUGUAGCCCUGCCGUCC